CCUCGCGCCUCUGCCAUGUUGCUCCAGUCCGACGCUCAGGACCCUGUCCCACCCUGGCAGCCCUACACGGGAAUGAUGUCGAGAAAGAACCCAGUGUUGAUUUUGGGACGGCAGGGUGAGAUCCAGGAACAGCCCAUGGACCAGGGAUGCAGUAACAAGUUGGUUCUGAGGCCUGUGUAUCCGCGCAUUGUCAUCUACAACCGCGUUCCAAAAUGUGCGUCGGCGACCAUGUUGCGCAUCUGCAGAAGCUUAUCACAAAAGAAUGAAUUUACCUUCAAUAACAUGAAGGAAACGGGUAAAAACCACAAAGAAAGGGCACAGCAGAGGAAACUUGCUAACUGGAUCUUCAACCGGUCUUUUCAUGGACGACACUUCUUCUUCAAGCACAUCCCAUAUCUAAACUUUUCAAGGUUAGGUUACUGGGAGCCUAGUUGGAUCAACAUAGUACGCCAUCCGGUUAAAAGACUGAUCAGCCAUUACUAUUUCAAGAAGCCUUUGCAAACCUUGGAUGUGUGCAUCGACACCGGAGUCUGCAAGUUCCAACAGGGGAAAGAGAAAAUAAUUUCACAGAUCUCUUACUUCUGUGGGUUUAGCACUCAGUGUAGGUCGAACCUGACUUCGCAAACGUUCCAAGUGGCCAAGCAAGUGGUUGAGAGGGCCUUCGUGGUUGUGGGACUCCAAGAGGACCUUCAGAGCACGCUUCUGGUCUUGGAACACCUGAUUCCCAAUUUCUUCUCUGGUGCUUCGAAUCUGAAUUACGAGAAUUGGAACAUCCAAACCUCGAAGCCACCGACAUCGAACCGAACAUUAGCCGCCCUCGAACGCAGACUUAAAGUAGACAUUGAAUUCUACCAUUAUCUUCAACAACGAUUCUACAAGCAGCUAGAGGAAGUCAAGGGACAUUACAGAGGUCUUAAGAUGUAAAUAGUAAUUGCUGCUUCCACGUGUUGGCAUGGUUUUGUAUGCCCAUUCGUAAUAGCAAAUAAAUAAAUGUUCAGAGGUGGAAACGAAUGACCAUAAACACACAA